UCUGGAAAAGUAGGGAAACGUCAAUAGAAUUUUCUAUCACACGGGUAGAUUUACGUAACGAGUAAUUCUGCGAAUUUUUCAAAACAGUGGUGAAUUUUUAAGCCUUAAAUCUAUUUGCUAUUCCAUACGAACUAGAACAAAAUGCCAAGACGUGGACGUUCACCAUCGCCUUCAAGGGGAAGCAAUUUGCCGGCUAGGGCUCCACCAGCACCUGCUCCAGCCCCAGUGCAAGCGGCCCCAGCUCCAGCACCAUCUCAAGGACCUGGUUUAUUUGGCCAGAUGGCCGCAACUGCUGGUGGUGUUGCUGUCGGUUCAGCUAUAGGGCACACUGUUGGACAUGCUGUUACAGGAUUGUUCAGUGGCGGAUCCACUGAAUCAGCUCCCCAACCCCAACAGGCAGCGAUGACUCCUCCACCACAGCAGUAUGGGGGGCAACAAAGCUCUGAACCAACAGGGCCUUGUGCUUGGGAAAUUAAACAGUUUUUACAAUGUGCUUCUACCCAGUCUGAUUUAACAUUGUGCCAGGGUUUUAAUGAAGCCAUUCAGCAAUGCAAAGUUAGAAACAAUUUGGCAUAAAUUUGGAAAGUCUUGGAUAAAUUCAUGUGAUUAGAAAUACCUUAGUCUGAGCUAAAUUUAUAGACAAUUUUAUUUUAAAAUAUUCCAUGUGAUACCAAUUAUUAUUUGGGGGUAUUUUCUGUCCUGAAUAAUAAAUCCAUAAAAAGUAGAGGUGUCUAGUUUGCCUUGCAUUUCUGUUGAUUGUGUUUUGUUCACAAUAAAAAUUUCUUGAGAA